UAUUUAUCUGGAAGUACUGAAUUUUUACCUUGGUAUGAUUUUUUUUAUAUAUGUAAUUGAAAGUAUCUUGUAGACACUACGUAGGAAUUGAGUUUGAUUUCUCCCCCAGGGUCAUCUAGCUAUCCCAACAUUAUUGGUUUAAAAGUACUUUUUUUUCCUGCCUUUACAAUAGCAUUUUUAAAAACUUAAAGGAAUAAAAAUGUUCCUUGCCUAGAUCAGUUUAUUGAACUGCAAGAUAUGGAGUGUACCACCUGUAGACAAUGCCUCUACGUACUUGGAGACCUUGGACAAAGCCAGCAUUAUCUACUUACAGUGUGGUACACUGUACAAAACUUAGGCCACACUGUAUAUUUGAAAUUUAUUGGAGGAACUAGUCAAGAGUAACUUAGUCUUGAGGAGUGUGAAGAAACAGAGAGAACGACCCCCGGACGGACCAAACCCGAGCACCACUGCAUCCCCGCCUUCAGCACGGACGUCCCUGGCCGCCGCCAUGCUCAAAAGAAAGGCUGAAGGGGAUACUAAAGGAGAUAAAGCCAAGGUGAAGGAUGAGCCACAGAGAAGAUCUGCAAGGUUGUCUGCUAAACCUGCUCCUCCAAAGCCAGAGCCCAAGCCUAAAAAGGCCCCUGCAAAGAAGGGAGAGAAGGUCCGCAAGUACAAGAAGGGGAAAGUAGAUGCUGGUAAGGAUGAGAAUAAUCCUGCAGAAAAUGGAGAUGCCAAAACAGACCAGGCACAGAAAGCUGAAGGUGCUGGAGAUGCCAAGUGAAAUGUGUGCAUUUUUGAUAACUGUGUACUUCUGGUGACUGUACAGUUUGAAAUACUAUUUUUUAUCAGAUUUUAUAAAAAUGCAGAAGUGCCAAGUGAAAUGUGUGCAUUUUUGAUAACUGUGUACUUCUGGUGACUGUACAGUUUGAAAUACUAUUUUUUAUCAGAUUUUAUAAAAAUGCAGAAGUGUUGCUUUACUGUAAACAGCUUUUCUGACCCUCCAAGAAUUAUUAAACAUAAAUAUGAAAAAGAUGAAGAAAAAUAGAGGUAAAAAGGGAAAGAGGUAAGAAAACAAAGAAAUGAAGUAAUGGAGUGAAAUAUCAAACAAGAUUUUUUCCCUGUCAAAUGGUAAUAAAUUUCUAUGAUAAUUAUCAUUUGCUAUCAAUUUGACUACAUCUGGAACUCACUAAAAACCCAAGCAACUUGGUACAACUGUGAGGGAUUUUUAGUUAACUGGAUUAUUUGAUGUGGGAAGACCCAUCCUAAGACUGGGCCACAUCUUGUGGAACAUAUAAAAGAUAUGGGAGAAAUAAGAUUUUGCUUUUUGCAUGCUUGCCCUCAUUCUCACUUGUAAAUUCAUAUAUCCUGCUGCCAAGGCAUUCCUUCACUGACAUUAGAGCCUACUUCUUCAGGAUUCUGACAUAUACUGAGAACCAGCUGAGACACCCAGCCUUAUUUGCUGAACAACUGUUACAUUCUGGACUUUCCAUCAGAAGAUGGCCAUUGUUGGACUAGCUGGACCACAGCCUGGAAGUCACUCUAAUAAGUCCCAUACAAACAAACAUGCAUGCAUAUACACAUACAUGUCCAUUCUAUCAGUUCUGUUCACGUAGACAACCCUGACUAACACAACUAAUACAACUUCUAAAGCACAAAUGCUUUGUACAUUACUAUGGUUUCAUGUACAAUGCCAAAUAUAUGGCAUAAGAACUCAAGAGAAAUUAAAUAAAACUAAAAUUAAACCACAA